AUGGGCGAACUUACUCAUGCCUAUAAUCCCCAAUCUGACUGUGAAGGUUUAAAACAAACCUACGUUUCAAAUUGGCUUUAUAGUGAAAAGAAGAUCAGAUUGUGCAGCAAAUGGUGGGAAAAAUCUCUAAGAGCCUUCAGGUGUGCAAGAACAAGGUUAGACAAAGAGGAAGACAAGGAGAUGGACCAGAACUUGCAACAGCAACCACUGCCAAGAAGUAUUGCAGAGUACAAAAACCAUCCACUGUAUGCACUACAAAGGCAUCUUUUAAAAUUUGAAGCAAUUUAUCCACCUGAUGAAACUCCUGUUGGCUUUAUCAAGGGUGAGCCUGUGUUUCCCCGUGACAGUGUAUACACUCUUUAUUCUCGAGACACUUGGAUAAAAGAAGCCAAAACAGUACGGGUGGAUGAAGAGCCUUACAAAAUUGUCAAGGCCAGACCUAAAUGGGAUAAGAAUACCUGCCAAGUAGUGAAAGACAGACCUUUGGAAUUGUUUGGUGAUUGGCAAGUAGAAGACUAUGAGCCACCUGUGGCAAAGGAUGGAAAAGUGCCUCGCAGUGAAUAUGGCAGUGUCGAGUUGUUUAAGCCACGCAUGUUGCCAAGAGGUUGUGUUCACAUUCCAAUCAGUGGGUUAAAUCGCAUUGCUCGGAAGCUCAAUAUUGACUGUGCCCCUGCAAUGAUUGGAUUUGAUUACCAUUCUGGUUGGUCGCAUCCUGUUUAUGAUGGAUUUGUUGUCUGUGAGGAGUUCAAGGAUACCCUAAUCGAUGCAUGGAAUGAGGAUCAAGCAGAACAAGCUAGAAAGGCAGAGGAGAAGAGGAUAAAGAGAAUUUAUGAUAACUGGAAGAAGUUGAUUCAAGGUAUGUUGAUUAAGGAACGUGUUAGGGAGAAGUAUGGAAGCUCCUCACCAACUGAGGUUGCUAGUACCAGUGCAGGUGCAGGCAAGAGGAAAAUCAAACAGGAAGAUAUAGAUGCAGCAAGACCUCCACUCAUCACACAUCAUGUGAAGAACAUGAAGAUUGAUUGGUGUUCAAACGUUGUUGAGAUGGCUAAAAAAAGUAAGAAAAGAACAGUCCGACCAAGAAAGCCUGCAAAGAAGAAGGAUCCAGUUACAGAGAAAAAAGAGUUACAAGCAUCUCAGGAAAACCAAUCAACAGCUUUGAGUAUCAGCUUGGAAGCUGACAGUGAUAGUGAGACAGAUGAGGAAGAGAAAAAAGCAAAAAUCCGAGCAAUAUUGGACUGGGGCACAAAAGUUGUGGAAGCAAAUCCUGAUCUAAGUGAUGAUAGUGAAAAUGAGGGAGAGAAAAAGUCUUCUUCUACCUUCUUGUCAUCAGAUACCCAUCCAUUUUAUGACUCGGUUAUAAAACCCAUGAAAGAUAAUGUAAAGAAGAGGCAGCAGAAAGUGAAUGUUAAAGGAAGGAGGAAAAGUCUUGAUGAACUGGAAGAAGGGAUAUCAAGUGCUUCAACCAGUCGCUCCACAAGUCCAGAGCCAGAUAUUAAGGACACCAAAGACAAAUGCAGCAGAAGGGCUUCCAGGAGAUCUCACUUGCAAAAAAAGGUAACAUAUAAAGAAAGUGAAGAAGAGAGUAAUGAGGAUAUAUCUCUAGAUGAAAGUGAUUCUGGGGAUCACUUGUAUGAGCCUUUGAAAAGUAAAUAAGAAUCAUUUCCUUGAUAUUUUUGUAGUGUUGUGUCUAUGAAAUUAUUUAAAUCUUAUUUUGUCUACUUUUGUUAUAUUUAUACCAUUUACCAUGUUACUGAUUUACCUCAUCAGAUGUUUGACUUUUUGUAUACUUUUUGAAUGUAAUAAAAAAAAUGCGAAGUGCAUAUCACGAAUUGUUAGUGAUGCAAAGUUAUCUUUUAUAAUAAACGACAUGUUUUUUUUUGUAUGUACCAGAUUUCACUACUGAUGGCAGCUGAGUUAAUGAUAAUGUUUAAGAUAAUUUUAGUUAGUACAAGUGUAUAUACUUAGAUAAUGAGGAUAAAGAAAGAAUAAAAUUGAAAAAGGAUUAUUUGUAUUAAGUACAUGAUUUUCUUAUAAAGAUUUUAUGAAACUUUAAUGGACAGAAUAAUAAAUUUACCCUGGCAAUUUCCAGUUAAAGUUUGUCUGGAGACAGAAAGUAAUACAAAAUCCAGGUAAUUGUAGAUAUGAUAAAUAUGUUGAAGAAAAUGGUCCUCCUUCCUCUGAAGUAGGUUUUCCCUGUAGCAAAAUUUAUGGAUACAGUAUAUAACAUGAUAACUUUCAUUAACUAAAUAGUUUUUGUUCCAGGUUUAGUGGCAUUGGAUUUAUAUAUAUUUCAUCACUAUUCUUUUGUUAGUUCAGGGAAUGUAGAAAUGUAUGAUUCUCAACCAUGAUCAGCAUGUAUUCCUUUAUUUUAAUCUUAAUAUUUUUUGGCUCUAAAGAUGAUUUUGUUCUAGGGAGCAUAUACUCUUUGUUUAUUUUUUAAAUAUUUGAUAAAUAUUUGUACUAAAGAUGAAUUCUUUUGA